GAUAGUGUCAGAUGCAAAAGGGAAAAUUAAGAGGAGAAGUGCAAAUACAAAAAUCAACACAGGAUGUGACUAUAGUCAAGGUAACAACCACAGGGUCGCUCAGCAUGCAAACUGCCCAAAGGUGACAGAUUUAGUUUGUUGCCUUCAAGAUGCACGCUCUGCACAAGUUCUUGCUUAUUCAUGUUCUGACAUGUUUCGGAGGAAAUGCGCUUAGGAGUGAAAUCAUAAAUGGUAAAAAGACCAAGCCGAAGUCGAUGCAGUAUAUGGCCUCGGUGCAGAACAAGCAUCGCUACCAUAUAUGUGGAGGAUUCCUCAUCAGUGAAGACUUUGUACUCACUGCUGCACACUGUGAAGAUACGAAUCCUACAAGUGUUGUUCUUGGAACCCACAAUCUGAGGAAGGUUGAUGAUAAAACAAUGAGAUACGGUGUGAAGAUGUGCAAACACCCAUCUUAUGUGAAACCUGUGAUGGGGAAUGACAUCAUGCUUCUCAAACUGUCUAGGAAAGCUCCCCUGGGUAAAAAAUCACUAAUUAAGACAAUUCAACUUCCAAGUCGUCAAAUUCCCCUUAAAGAAAACAAAAAGUGUGUUGUAGCUGGAUGGGGUUUCACAAGAACUGGUGGUGGAAAUGUUAAUGACCUGCAAGAGGUGAAUGUUCCUAUCAUUAACCUGGAAAAGUGUCAGAAGGCAUGGAUUAUUGCCCUUCCUGCCAAUGUUAUCUGUGCAGGGGGAUAUGGCACAAAGAAAGGAUUCUGUCAGGGCGAUUCUGGUGGCCCUCUGGUGUGUGGCAAGGUGGCAGUUGGUGUUGUUUCCUUUAACAACAAGAAUAACUGUGACUACCCAGAAUUACCCAACAUCUAUACAGAAAUAUCAACAUUUCUUCCCUGGAUAAAUGACACCCUCAAUAAAAAGACCUGUCACCCCAAAGAGGCUCAACAGGUUGAGUCUGGCAGCAUGAUGCAUGCUCUGCAUAUGUUUCUGCUCUUCCAUCUUCUGACAUGUCUGGGACCUAACGCACUUGGGAGUGAAAUCAUAAAUGGUAAGAAUGCCCCAGAGGCAUUAAUGCUGUAUAUGGCCUCGGUGCAGAACAACAUGGGUGAUCAUAUAUGUGGAGGAUUCCUCAUCAGGGAAGACUUUGUACUCACUGCUGCGCACUGCAUCCGCUCGAAUCCUACAAGUGUUGUUCUUGGUACCCACAAUCUCAAGAAGGUUGAUAAUAGAACAAUGAGAUACAAUGUGAAGACAUGCAAGCAUCCAUCUUUUAAAAAUGAACGACAGGGUAAUGACAUCAUGCUCCUCAAAUUGUCCAAGAACGCUCGACUGGACAAGAGAGUAAAACCAAUUCGACUUCCAAAGACUGUGAUUAAAAUAAAAGAUAAUGCAAAGUGCCGUGUGGUUGGAUGGGGAUUCAUAAGAACUGGAGGUGAACUUAGUAAUAAGCUACAAGUGGUGGAUGUGCCUUUUGUUAACUUGACGGUCUGUAAGACAAGAUGGAGGCCUCUUAAUGAACUUCCUGACGAUGUCAUCUGUGCCGGUGGGUAUGGCACAAAGAAUGGAUUCUGUCAGGGUGAUUCUGGUGGUCCUCUGGUGUGCGGCGGGGAGGCUGUUGGUGUUGUGUCUUUCAACAUGAACAGAAACUGCGACUACCCAAAUGUACCCAACGUCUAUACGAACAUAUCAAAAUACCUUAAAUGGAUCAAAGAUAUUCUCAAGAAAAAGAAUUGUUAAAUGUUACAAUUAAGCAUAUUGUAAUGUGCUGGCUCCUCGGUUUGGGAAUAGCUUUCCACUCAGCAUCAGGCCGCUGACGAUGUCGCUGCCUUUCAGUCAUAAAACUCCCUUUUACAGAAUGCCCAUUCCUAACAAACAAAAUACUUACUUGUCUUUAUUACAUGUGUUCUAUAAAUAAACUAUUAUUAUUGCUGUGGGGGUAUUUGUUGUAUUUAAGAUGCUCUGUCAGUGUUUGUUCUUUAUCUGAAAUGCAAAAUAAAGUUUCAAAUUUUAAA